AGGUAGAUAGGUCCCGUUCAGUUUCCCUGCCAUGCAAGAAGCCACACUCGAGUCCCAGAACCCCCGCCGAAUCACCUAUCGUCCACGUCCACCUCCAUACCACGGGCCGCUGGAGUAGCUGAGGUCAUGGAAUCCCUCUCACCCCUCCCUUGCCCCUCCCUUGCCCCUCCCUUCUUAAGCUACCCCGCCUCCUCCGUCCGUUUCCUCCAUAAGCUCCUUGUCCACACCCCAUCAAAACAUUUAUCGUGCUUCCAAUUCGUAACCAACAGCUUCAGUUGACACUUGUCCUUGCUUCCAAAGAACGACAGGCAUCAAUCAAUCCAUCGUAGUCGAAAUGCCUCUCACCGGACACUGCCUCUGCAAGGCCGUCACCUACACGGCGGACGUCGACGCCCCUCUCCUGACGGGCUACGACCACUGCGACGACUGCCAGCGCCAGUCGGGCUCCACCUAUUCCCUGGUCGCCGUCGUCCCCAAGGACAAGCUCACCAUCAAUGGUCCGACCAAGUCGUGGGCUGGCGUUGGAUCUUCUGGCAAGGCCGUCCACCGCAUCUUCUGCUCCGAGUGCGGCAGCCCCAUCGCUCAUGACCCGGAGGCCGCUCCGGAAAUCAUCGCCCUGAAGGCCGGCACCCUGGAUUCAGACAUCAAGAAGAACCUCAAGCCUGAUACCGAAAUCUGGACCGUCGGCAAGCUUCCGUUCUGCCAGGAGAACUUGGCCAAGCCCUUCAAGCACAUGCCUGAGUAAAGUAUGGCUAUUUCAAGCCAGGGUGAAACGGAACGAUGCCCAAACGAGCAACUGGAUGAAAGUGAGAGGAAACGCAGUGCAAAGGAAGACAAUUUGGAUUUCCAAGUCGAAAUUGGACCAGCUAGGUGGUAUGUCGUUGACAUUAAAGGGUUGAGUUGAGGUCGUGGGGAAGGGAGGAAACGGUUGAAAAGGGCGCUGGGAACCGGAAGAGAGGGGUGAGACCGAGAACCCUGAUGGCUACCGCCACCUACCUUAGCAAAUCUACAGUAAUUACAUUGCAUCCGGUCCGGUC